GUUUAUUUCAAGCUAACGAUUUAUUAGUUCCAACAACAGUUGCUGGUAAAAAUGAAAUUCCUCACUUAUCUCUUUAUUGUUCUUAGUGCUCUUUUGGCAAUGAUGGCCGGUCCAGGAAUGAUGGUAGCAGCAGCCGGUGGGAAAAAUGGCGGUCAACCACCAGCAGAUUCUGGAAAAGGCGAAAACCCCCCGCCUCCACCACCCAGCGCCUAAAAAGGACGUUCCAGAAAAUUAUCAAUAAUUAUAGUAUCGUUGUUAUUACUUGAGUAAUUAUAAAGCUGCAGCAUUUUUGUGUCUUCUUUUUUUGCUACU